CCCCUUUAACGGGUAAGAAGCUGGCUGCGUCUUGCUGGGCUCAGACACUUUCCCGUAGACGGUCUAGCGUUUAGCUAGACAGUUCGCGUUAACGGAAAUCAAAACUAUAGACGUGAUCGGGAGCCGGACCGGGAAAAAACGACGCGGAGUCCAGGACCAAGCGACUCGGUCGUUGUCCUCCUUUUGUCCUGUUUUUCCAGAUAAAUAAACCACUAGGAUGCACAGAAUAACGGGAAGGUCCAAGGACGCGAUCCUGGUUGAGAUGAAGAGCCCAGAGGACUCCCGGUGUGGAGAAGACAACGACCACAGCUUAAACUCUGCCUCUCCUGCACAGUCAUCCGUGGUGUCCAGGAGCGAGGGUGACGCCAUGUCCGCCUGCCUCCUCUCCCAGAUGCCGGGGAUAUGGAGGAAGAGGGCAUUGUUCCUCAAGUUUCGCUCCAGGAUCGACAGGCACCCACAAAGUAAAGACUCGGUCUUCUUCCGGGAUGGCGUGCGGAGGAUCGACUUCGUCCUGUCCUACAUGGACGACCAUACGAAGGACGGGGAGAAGAAGCUGGAAAGGAGGAAAGAAUAUGAAGCCAAUUUGAUAAAAGCAGGACUGGAGCUGGAGAUAGAAGAUAAAUCGGAAUCGGACGACGGCAAGACGUAUUUCCUGAAGAUUCACGCACCCUGGGAGGUGCUGGCUACCUACGCAGAUGUGCUGAAGAUCAAGGUGCCCUUCAAAGCCAACGACAUCCCCAACCACAACGACAUACCCCUGGAGUGGCUCUUCCGACCCUUCCGGCUCCCUGAGAAGGUUAUGAACCCAGAGCCCGAUUACUUCACCUCCCCCUUUGACAAGAGCAAGAUAGAUUUCUUCCUCAUCGAGGACAAAGACACGUUUUUCCCCCCCUCAACACGCAACAGGAUUGUGUACUACAUCUUGGCCCGAUGUCCGUAUUAUAAGGAGGACCGCAAAGACAAGGAGAAGAAGGGUCUUAAGCGCUUGCUCAACAAUGGCACCUAUACCUCUGCGUUCCCACUACAUGACUGCCGGUACUGGAAGCCGUCCAAGGACCUAAGCUGCGAGAGCGAAAGGCACAACUUGUACAAGCACUGGGCCCGCUUCUUCUGUUUCUACAAGGAGCAGCCUCUCAACCUCAUCCGGAAAUACUACGGGGAGAAGAUCGGCAUCUACUUUGCUUGGCUGGGCUUCUACACGGAGAUGCUUUUCUUCGCUGCUGUGGUGGGCCUGAUAUGCUUCAUGUACGGGCUGUUCACCUAUGAUGAGAACGUCUGGAGUAAGGAGAUCUGUGACCCUGAUAUUGGGGGCUCCAUAGUAAUGUGUCCACUCUGUGACAAGAAGUGCGGUUACUGGAAGCUGAACUCCACCUGCGAAUCCGCCUGGCAAUCUCACCUGUUUGACAACGUGGCAACAGUUUUCUUUGCCAUUUUUAUGGGCAUCUGGGUGACCCUUUUUCUGGAGUUCUGGAAGCGCCGGCAGUCACGCCUAGAAUAUGAAUGGGAUCUGGUGGACUUUGAGGAGGAACAGCAGCAGCUGCAGCUGCGGCCCGAGUACGAGACCAAGUGCACUGGCCGGCGGCUGAACCGCGUGACGCAGGAAGUGGAGUGGGUUCUGCACAGGAACAAGGCAGAUUUUGUUGGCAAGCUGUUCCUGUGCUGGGUCACUGUGGUCCUGUGGAUGGCGCUCAUCAUCGCCAGCAUCAUCGGCGUCAUCGCUUACCGCCUGGCAGUGUAUGCCGCCUUCGCCAGCAUCAUGAAGGACAGCCCCACCAGCAAGAUCCAGGUGGUGGGCUCCCUCAUCACGCCACAGCUUGCCACCUCUGUCACCGCCUCCUGCAUCAACUUCGUCAUCAUUAUGAUCCUGAACUUCUUCUACGAGCGCGUGGCCAUCUGGAUCACCGACAUGGAAAUACCCAAGACGCACCUGGAGUACGAGAACAAGCUGACGAUGAAGAUGUUCCUCUUCCAGUUUGUCAACUAUUACUCGUCCUGCUUCUACGUGGCCUUCUUCAAGGGCAAGUUCGUCGGCUAUCCGGGGAAGUACACUUACAUGUUCGGCGAGUGGAGCAGCCUGAGGAACGAGGAGUGUGACCCGGGCGGCUGCCUCAUUGAGCUGACUACCCAGCUGGUCAUCGUCAUGGCCGGCAAGCAGCUGUGGGGCAACAUCCAGGAAGCACUGGUGCCGUGGCUGUGGAACUGGUGGGGCAGCAGGAAGGCGCGCAGCCACCCAGAGAGCCUCUACAGCCGCUGGGAGCAGGACCACGACCUGCAGAACUUCACCCAGCUGGGCCUCUUCUACGAGUACCUGGAGAUGGUGAUCCAGUUCGGCUUCAUCACACUCUUCGUGGCGUCGUUCCCGCUGGCCCCCCUGCUCGCCCUUUUCAACAACAUCGUCGAGAUCCGUGUGGACGCCUGGAAGUUCACCACGCAGUUCCGCCGCCCCGUGGCAGCCAAGGCACACAGCAUCGGCGCCUGGGAAGAGAUCCUGAACGGCAUAGCCAUCCUGUCCGUGGUCACCAACGCCUUCAUCGUGGCCUUCACCUCGGACAUGAUCCCACGCCUGGUCCACUACUACGUCUACCACCCAGGAAACAGCGCCACUAUGGAUAACUACAUCAACAGCAGCCUCUCCUUCUACAACAUCUCGCAGUUCCCAGAACAAAACCAGCCGGAGAUGAAUGAGAAUCCGUCCUGGUUCAACAUGUCCACCAUCUUCACAUGCAGAUACCGUGAUUACCGCUACCCGCCUGGCCAUGACAAGGAGUAUGAGCACACCAUGCAGUUCUGGCACAUUCUCGCAGCCAAGCUGGCUUUCAUCAUCAUCAUGGAGCACGUGGUGUUCGUGGUGAAGUUCUUCGUGGCGUGGAUGAUUCCCGACGUGCCGUCCGAGGUGAAGGCCCGCAUCAAGCGGGAGCGCUACCUCAUCCAGGAGUACCUGCACAACUACGAGCUGGAGAAGCUGAAGGUGCAGCUGAGCCAGAGUAAUGGCUGCCGCCCCUCCCCGGACAAGGGCUGUGUUAGCACCAUCACGGACCGGCACGAGGUGCUCUCAGAGUGCCUGUAGCCCUGGCCCACCUCACCCAUCUCCCUCAGCGGGUGCCUCCUGGACAAUCACUGUUGGGUCUGUCACUAGGGUUCAGGACUAGGGGUGCCACCUACCCCACGCACCCCCACAUCUGCCAAAGCAGACUCGACUGUUGCUCAAGGGCCUUCUUGCUUUCUAAUUAAAGCAACACCAUAUAUGUUUUAUUUUUAGCGGAGAAUACCUGUCCCACACUACAGGGGGCGCUAUAACCCACUCCCAAAACCGGUAAACUGGGCUGGGGGUGGGGGUUCCAAAAAGAACAGGACUAUGCAUGUGGAAGCGCCAUUUAGCGGUGACGUCCUUCAGCGCACUCAUCGUCCGGCCGGCUGGUCACACGUUGCAUGCUGCGCGUGCGUGUCCGCUGCUUGUUACUAUGGCGACUGGCGGAACACAACAUAAGGAGCCGCAAUGUUCAGCAGGUUCUGACCGAUCAUUCCAUCCCACUGCUUGCUCUCUGUCUGCUGUAAUUCGGCAUCAGGGGUGAAUGGACCUUUAUUUAUUCUCUCACAGACUCCAUAUGUGUAUGUGUAUAUAUAUAUAUAUAUAUUAUAGAUGCACGUUUACUUUUCACCGGUGUCUGUGUAUAAAUAUUAUGGGCAACGGUCCAUCCAGAUUUUUUUAAGUCUAUUUCUGUUUCAUUAUGCGUUCUUGUUUGUUCGAUCUUGUUCGCGAACUAUGAUAAAAUGUGUUUGUUUUCUUUUAUUUGGGAUGGAUGGAUGGGUUGGUCUGAAUACUUAUCAGAGCCAAAACACUGUAAGUGCUGGUGGGGGGGAAGGGGGGGGGUGUGAGGUUCUCUGCGAUUUUCCAAAGUGCCGUAUUGCAGCCGGAGGAGCAGACGACCUCCUGUGAGAAACCCUCCAGCAGGCCUCUCUCUCUCAGCCGAGCCGAAUUAGAAUGCCAAAGGUUUGAGAUUUGUCACAUACAUAUACGAUUUGGCUGAACUUACUUUUACUGUAUGUAUGCCAGUGGAGCUUCUCCUGUUAACAUUUCCCUGUAGAUGAGGGAUGUUAAUGUCUCCAAAAUCACCUGUCCAGAUAUAUGGAACAUACACCUUAACAUUGAAUAGUAUUACCCCACUACUUUGUAGCUCCCCCUUGUGGUCAUUGCUCUGUAUUGCUGUCACCUGUAAGUCACACAGACUUCUGUAAGUGCACUUCUCUUCUGUUCCUUGUUUGUGGCAUUCUGCACAUGCAGAAAAGCAGGAAGAUGACUGCAGGGGCCACAUCCAGCAUUCCCAGCUCCAGAAAGGUCUCAGCGUAUCGGACGGUUUAUGGACCCAGGGUCAGGAGGGCGGCCCACUGGUCAUAUGACUGGUUCUGUAUCAAAAGGAUAUUUGGUGAAAGUGUCCCCCCUUGUCAUGGAGGGUAGUGAAAGUGACCCCGGAGAGACAGAGGAGCCAUGUUUGAAUUUGUUGGUCCCUUAGAAGUCCAUCCACUACUUUUAAAAUCUUUCUUUCAUUUGUUCAUCUUUUAAAAGCUACAGCCAAAUUCAUGAAUUCAUGUCGUGCAAAUUCCUGCUGGCUGUACCUUAAAUGAUUUUUAAUGCAGGACUAUCACCCAGUUCAGGUAAGGUAAUACUACAAGGCAGUACUAAAUAUUUCAGAUUUAUAACUUUUUAUUUAUUUAAUUUUUUUGGGCAACGUUAAUCAGAUAUGUAGCACUGCACAUUUAUUUGUGUCCUAAAUUCACAGCCUGUGGGGAGGGGGGGGAGGUAUUAGGUGGUGUUUGUUACCCCCAGGAACAGCUGUUGCAUGUUGACUGUUUUGAAGCAGUUGCCCUGAGCGUGGUACCUUGUGCGGGGGGGGAAAUGUCUUUUUAAUGUGUCUGUAUUUACCCAGAUGUCAGGAGUUAAUGAAAGCUCGCCCGUGGAUCCGGGAGCGACGCGGUGGCCCUCUCACAAAGGGCGCCACCUGUCUUUUGUGUGAGGUGCUGCCCUGUUUUAUUUACCUGCCUGUUAGUCAUGGCGGAAGGACGGAAUAGUGGGGACCACCUUGGGUCUGCACCAAGCACUUAACAAAGGGGGUGGGGAGGGUGGCGUUGAUUUUACAUUGCUGGUCCAUUCAGGAGGGGCCAACAUGAGAGCAGUUGGCGGGGGCGGGGGGUAAAGUCCAAAGACGGUGUGUGAGUGCCAUUAAUUUCACACCAUUUAAAGUGAUUUCAGGUAAUCCUCAAAAACUUCAGUGUAUCCUUAGUAAAAAAUUUAAAUUGCUGUAUUGAAAAUUACAGGUUAAUAUAUUUUCAACUUUGUAAAUGGCAUUUCGAUUGGGGGUAUUUUUUACUUUGCCUUUGUCCAUUUAAAUUUGUUUAAAUCUGAUCUGCUUUUUAAAAGAAUAUGAAUGAUGUGUUUUUUAUAUUAGUUUGUUGAUUCACUAAUAUGCGACGCCUGUCGUCUCAAAACGAUGAAUGCUUCAGCUUUCUUGUGAAAUGUACUCUGCCCUGUCUGUGACUGGUGUAUCCAGGGUAACCAAUGGGGGCAGAAAGUUUUCAGAAUGUCACGCGACACACAUCUAUGCAGUAAUAAACUUCACUGUGGUCUGUUGAAGCCACAAUUCUGUCUCCUUAAGCCUUAAAAUUCCCUGUUUACCUCUUUUUUUAACUAAAUAAAUCUUUUAUUCUGUUUUUA